CAAGGAGGCGUCAGUAUCGCUUCGCACGCCGUCCCGUGAGUCAGUCGCUGCUCGUCCGCUGCAGUGCGGUGUGCGUUGUGGAGGGCCUCUGCAGCUCAACACGUUGCUUAUUGGAGGGACAGCAGUUCACCCGUUGCUGGCAGGAUGGUGCUGACACGCGCACAGGUGAGGAGGAGAGUCAGGAGCCGUGUACGGGAGGUGGGGGCGCCGUGUCUCAUGCAUGCUUUGUCACCAAGAGCACGUAAGCCAUCAUGAUGGGCACAGUCCAUGCCUGUUUAUGCCCAAUUCGAAGCUGCAUGGGCUCAUUCAAUUUGUUGCUUUCUUUUCCUUCUGUGUGUGUGUGUGUCGAUUAUUGGUGCAGGCUGCCGCCAACUUGAAGGAGUUGGAGAGAGAGGCCGAGGAGGCAGCUCAUCUCGCUGCAGUGGCCGCCGCCACCGGGGGCAUCCGCCUCUAUGACCUCCGCCCCUUCACCAAGGCCGAAGACGACGAGCCCCUCGACAGGGCCGCCCAAAGGCAACACAAGAAGAUAUCCGCCCCCGAGAAAGACCACCAAAGGGAUGUGAGGACGGGCGCCAGCCACAACAAACCCAGAGGGGCAGCCGCACGGCGGCCCGCUGCGAGGAGGGGCCGGGUGGAGGGGAAGGGGAGUCGGGAGAUGGGAGAUGUCCAGAUGGGCGAUGGAGAGGGCAAGGAUGUCGAGAUGAUGGAUGAGGGAGAGAACAAUAUGUUGGCGAUGGAGGCCAAGAAGCCCGCCCACCAUGCCGCCGCCCAGCAGCGUCGGGCUGCCAAGGCAGAGAUGGAGAAGGAUGACAUCCACGAGGCAGCCCUCAUCGAGGGAGACGAGGACGAGGAGCCCCUCCGCAAGAGGAAGAGGAAGAAGGACAAGAAAUCCGUCGCCCGCGCCGCCAGCCAUGAUGCGCACGGAGACGUGGAGAUGGGCGUCGGCGAGGGGAUGGGUGGAGGGAUGGCCCUCAAGACAGCUGUGGAGAGGGGCAUGUGUGAGGCUGUCGAUGCUCUGCUGAAGGGCCGACCGCAGCUGGCCGGACAAGGUCUGCUCCACGCCCUCGCUGAGGCCAAGAGCGUCUCCGACGAAGACAAGGUGCGCAUCGCUGAGGCACUGCUGUCCGCCGACCCCUCCCUGGCCACCGAGACCGACUCCGACCUCCAGACGGCCCUCCACCGUUUCUGUGAGCUGCCAUUGAGGGACCCCAAGCGGCAGGAGCAGCUGCUCGACCUGCUGCACGCCAAGGGAGGAGCCGCCCUCAUCCACACUCAGGACGCGCAAGGCUGGCGCCCCCUGCACGUCGCAGCGGCGUCCCACCGCGGCCAUCAUGCGAGCGGCACUGCGACCGUCAAAUGGCUGUGCGGCCAUGGGGCCAAAGUGCACGUCAACGAGGCGGUGAGCGUGGACGGAGACGCCUUCCUGACGCCCCUGUCCAUUGCGGCUAUGCAUCCGGCCAUUCCGGUGAAUCGUCUGCGCGUGUUGAUUGAGGAGGGCGGCGUGGGCAGCAGGCUGCCAGCGGAGGGGGAGAGUGAUGGCCAACAGCCGGCUGCAGGGGGGAAGAGAAAGCGUCUGUCGCCGGCAGAGGCGGCAAUGGAGACAGCGGGGAAAAGGAUCGAGAAGGUGCACAGGGAGGGAGGGAACAUGCUGUCAUGGUGCUUACUUCUGUGGCUGUCUGGGUGGUUGUCAGGUGAUUCGGGCAUCCAGGAACAAGGAGGAGGCAGCGAGGGCCCGGGAGGGGAGGAAGGACAAACAGGAGGCCGAGGCCGAGGCGGCUCGGAUGCGUCGGAGCCAGUUGGGCCGUGAGUUGGUGAAGAUAGUCAACGACGCCCUCCGACCGGUCCGCUCGCUGGAAGCGACCCGCCUGUUCGACCACCUCGAGGCGGCUCACGGCCUUCCGGCUCAUGUGCUGGCGAAAGGCGUGGGCAAAGAGCCGCACCUGCAGGACAGCUAUGACAUCCCUAGCCUCAAGUUGCACCUGAAGAAUGAUAUCGCUAUCGACAUCCGACAGCAUAUCGCCUACGCAGCCCACAUCAUCAAGGUGUGUCAGCCGAGGCAAAUUGGAAGGAGGGAGCCACCGGGCCUUUUCCAUAUGUCCAUGUCUCCCUCUCUCUCUCGUAUGUGUGUGCAGACGAAGGGCAACGAGCGUUUGGUGGGCAACCCGGCCCGCGGCAUCGCACCGCACCCCAUGAAGAUGUGGACGGACAGCACGACGGGCGAGCGGCUGGACCUCUUGCAGCGAAUCGAGAGACGCGUCGGAUGGGUGUGAGGGAGGGAGGGAGGGAGGGGGGGACGGACUGUGCAUGUGAUGUGAUUUCUUGUGAUGCGAUGAGCGUGUCUAUCGAUUUUUCCAGGGGAUGGCGACUGAGUGAGACCGUCGAAUCGUUUGUCGCCCCAUGCAGACAGACAGACAGACAGACAGACAGACACGUGUGCGUGACAGACACGUGUGCGUGCAGCAUUGGAUGGACCGGCAUUCUUGCUGCAUUCGUGUGGUGUGUAUGUGUGUUGUGAAGCCGCC